AAAGAGAGAGAAUGACCGAAAAAAAAUAUUGUGCUUGACUGGAUUUAACAGGAUUAUAUGAGAAUUAAGAAAUAUCUUAAACAGUUUGGGCAUUGUCCAUGCCCAUUCGUCCAGCCAAGGUGUAAACAUCAUGGAAGUGCCUUUGGUCACUGCCAAAUCUUCUUCCCUCCUCCCUUCCACAAUCCAAAAACUCCAAGCACCCACCUUUCUUCCUCUUUAUCCUCCACCUCCUGCUUCCACAUACAGAUUAAUUUCACGUCCACAUGAAAACAAACACCUGCAGAACUCGUCUCCACCUCCAAAUAAUUCCCUAUCCCUUGACCAGACAAAGCAAAUCCAUGCCCACCUGAUUAAAACCGACUUCAAUCCCACUUACAAAUUUUCCCUCCAUCCUUUUAAAGCCCAAUUAAGCCCUCAAGCUCUCUGCAAUCUACUUAUAACUUCCUAUAUUAAAAACAACGAACCCAGGAAGGCAAUAUACAUAUAUGCUUAUUUACGGAAUGUAGACUAUGAAGUGGACAAUUUUACUGUUCCAUCAAUUCUUAAAGCUUGCUGCCAAACCUCAAUGACCCAUUUGGGGAAAGAAAUUCAUGGUUUUGCUAUUAAAAAUGGAAUCUUUGGUGAUGUCUUUGUGUGUAAUGCUUUAAUGCAAAUGUACACUGAAUGUGGGUGUUUAGCUUCUGCACGGUUACUGUUUGAUACAAUGCCUGAGAGAGACGCUGUUUCCUGGAGUACAAUGAUUAGAAGCUAUAGUCGGAAUAGAUUGUUUCAUGAGGGGUUAAAAACUAUAAAAGAUAUGCUUUUUUGGAAUGUUAAGCCUAGUGCAGUUGCUAUGGUUAGCAUGGUUAAUCUGUUUGCGGACCUUGAGAAUAUUAAGCUGGGGAAAGAAAUGCAUGCUUAUGUUAUAAGGAAUAGCACUGAUGAGAAAGUGAGUUUGUCCUUAGUUACUUCUUUGAUUGACAUGUAUGCCAAGUCCGGAAAUUUAACAUCUGCAAGAAUCCUUUUUGAUGGGUUCCGUAAAAAAAGCAUUGUUUCAUGGACUGCUUUGGUUUCAGGCUAUAUUAGGUCCAAUAAUUUGGAAGAGGGUGAAAGGCUUUUUAUUGAAAUGACUAAAGAAAAUAUUGUUCCCAAUGAGAUCACAAUGUUAAGUAUGAUUAUUGCUUGUGGGUUCGUAGCGGCUUUAAAAUUGGGCAAGAAACUACAUGCCUACAUUUUGAGAAAUGGGUAUAAAAUGAAAUUUGCUCUAGCUACUGCUUUGGUUGACAUGUAUGGAAAAUGUGGUGAUUUAAGAAGUGCAAGGGAUUUGUUUGAUAGCUUGGAGCAUAAAGAUGUUAUGACUUGGACUGCUAUGAUUACGGCAUAUGGACAAACUGGGUUUAUUGAUGAUGCUUUUGAUCUCUUUGUACAGAUGAGGGAUCACAAGGUGAUGCCAAACGAAGUGACAAUGGUCAGCCUUCUUUCUCUAUGUGCAGAAGCUGGAGCCCUUGACAUGGGCAAGUGGAUUCAUGGUUACAUUGACAAACAAGGUGUUGAAAUAGAUGUAAUACUGAAAACUGCUCUGGUAGACAUGUAUGCUAAGUGUGGAGAUAUAAAUGGAGCUCAGAGGCUGUUCAGUGAAGCAAAGUUUCGAGACAUCUGCAUGUGGAAUGCUAUGAUGGCCGGAUAUGGAAUGCAUGGCUGUGGUAAUGAAGCCUUGAAACUCUUUGCACAAAUGGAGAGACUAGAUGUAGAACCAAAUGAUAUUACAUUUAUUGGAGCCUUGCAUGCUUGCAGUCAUGCCGGAUUAGUAGCAGAAGGAAAAAGACUGUUCGAGAGAAUGGUCGAUGACUUUGGUUUGAAUCCAAAGGUUGAGCAUUAUGGAUGUAUGGUGGAUCUUCUUGGUCGUGCAGGACAACUUGAUGAAGCGUAUGAAAUGAUUCAAAGGAUGCCAAUGACGCCUAAUAUUACCAUAUGGGGUGCUCUGCUUGCCGCCUGCAAGCUUCAUAAAAAUCCUAACUUGGGGGAAUUAGCAGUAAGAGAGCUUCUUGCGUUGGAACCCCAAAAUUGUGGCUAUAAAGUUCUCAUGUCAAAUAUAUAUGCUGCAGCAAACAGAUGGAAUGAUGUUGCAGGAGUGAGAAAAGCAAUGAAGGACACUGGAAUUAAGAAAGAACCUGGUGUCAGCUCAAUUGAAAUUAAUGGAUCAGUUCAUGAUUUCACAAUGGGAGACAUGUCACACCCUCAAAUUGAGAAAAUUAGUGAAAUGCUAGUUGAAAUGUGCAAGAAAAUAAAAGAGGCAGGAUACCUGCCAGACACAUCUGUGGUGCUACAGAAUAUUGAUGAGGAAGAGAAAGAAACUGCAGUUAACUACCACAGUGAGAAGUUGGCCAUGGCUUUUGGACUCAUUAGUACAGCUCCAGGCAUUCCAAUUCGAGUUGUGAAGAAUCUUCGAAUUUGUGAUGAUUGCCAUACAGCAACUAAGCUACUGUCAAAGGUUUAUGGGAGGAUAAUUGUAGUGAGGGACCGUAAUAGAUUUCACCAUUUUAGUGGAGGAUUGUGUUCUUGCGGCGAUUAUUGGUAGCCAUAUAAGAAGUAUACAGCAAAAUGUAUCAUUAAUUGAUUUUUUAUGUAUAUAGAUUGUAAUUACAGUGAAGAUAUUGCUCGUGUUAAAUCUAUUAUAUGUAGUUCUUCUAA